AAGAAUUCAAUAUUAAAAUACUUAUGAAAAACUUUUGAAUUUAAAAAAGAGAAAAUAAUAAAUAUACAACGAAAGUAAGAAAAGCUUGUAUAAUAGAAACUUUUAGUUUUCCAAUAAAAAGCAAUAGCAGCCAAGUGAAACAGCAACAACAAAAGCAAAGAGUGCUGAAAAAAAUACAACAUGGGAAAAAAGAGCUCCAAGUUGAAACAGGAUACCAUCGAUCGCUUAACAACGGACACAUAUUUCACAGAAAAAGAAAUACGUCAAUGGCACAAAGGAUUUCUAAAAGACUGUCCCAAUGGACUUUUAACGGAGCAGGGCUUUAUAAAAAUCUACAAACAGUUUUUCCCACAAGGCGAUCCGAGUAAAUUUGCCUCGCUCGUCUUUCGGGUCUUCGAUGAAAACAAUGAUGGCUCCAUUGAGUUUGAGGAGUUUAUACGCGCCCUUUCCGUCACAUCGAAGGGAAAUCUGGACGAAAAACUGCAGUGGGCCUUCCGUCUUUACGACGUUGACAACGAUGGGUAUAUAACGCGAGAAGAGAUGUACAACAUUGUGGAUGCAAUCUACCAGAUGGUGGGCCAGCAGCCGCAGUCGGAGGAUGAGAACACGCCGCAGAAGCGUGUUGACAAGAUCUUCGAUCAGAUGGAUAAGAAUCAUGAUGGAAAAUUAACAUUAGAAGAAUUUCGUGAGGGUAGUAAAGCUGAUCCACGUAUAGUUCAGGCGUUAAGUUUAGGUGGUGGCUAAGCCAAUAACCGUGACCCACAAAAACAACCGAUUUCAACCAAACAACUAACAAAAAAAGCGCAUUCAACCAACGUUCAGACCAAAACCAGAAAGCUAUAGCCGGAGGAGACUCGACUCUUCCUUUAUCUGAAAUUGCUUCUCCACAAUGUUUUUUCUACGCUUUUCUCGAUUGCCGAUUCACGAUUACCGACUACUGAUUCUUGUUUCCCGAUUCUCGAUACCACGCGUCAAUCGAGACAUUGAAAAUGAUAAUAAUUUUUGUAUAAAUGCAUACCGAAAAGGGGAUGUCUGAAAAACAUAAAAAUCAGAAGCAAGAAGCAAAAAAGUGAAAAAAAAUAAUGAAAUUUCAUUUUUAAAUAUACACCGGAAUACAAAACUAUAGGAAAUCGUGGCGUAGUCCAAGCGCAGUUCAUAGCCUACAGUAAAAAAUAAAAAUAAAAUAUUUUUAACUUUGAAUGCGGAAGAAGCGCAAAUCUUUUUUCGAAGAAUACAUACCAAUUACGAGUAAUUAAACUACGAAUACGAAUAAAUCAGCAUUAAUAUACUAUCUAUAAUUGUAUCCGAGCUACGCCUACGAAUCAAUUGCGAGUAUUUUAGCGAGUGCAGCCUUCGAGAUAAAUACACAAAAGAUACUAUCUUAACUAAAACUAAAUUAACUCAACUAAUGCAGACAGUAAGUGGAACAGCCGUCAAGUAUCUUAAACCUAAGCAGCAGCGACUGUAUACGCUCCAAUAAUACAUAUACGAGUACAUGUAUGAGAGGACAGUUUGAACAGAGACAGAUAGACAGAUGGGGGGAGGAAAAAACAUAAUAGAAUCAAAUCAAAUCGAAUCAUUAAAAGGCGUAUUAAAUAAGGACAUACAGAAAAAAAAUAGAUACAGAAACAGAUAGGUGAACAGUACGACAAGCUGCUACUCUACAACCUCACUCCCUCUUACUCUCAACCUAUCGACUCGUCUCUCUCUUUGACAAAGACUUCCUUCAGAGAGAUGCAAUGCUUUUCAUGCUUAGCGCAAGUAAACUUCGAGCCUGUGUUAGGGGUCCUAGUUACUCCAUGCCCGAUUUUGAGAUUCGGGAAGUGCAAGAAGUGUUGCAUACCCAAAGGCGCAGAAAAAUAAUUGCUUUUAUUUGCUCACUCUCUCUAUUUCUCUAUCUCUCUCUCUCUUCCUCUCUCUCUAUCUGUCACUCUCUAUAUUACCUGCUUUGCCUUGAUUUCCGUGAACAACAAUAACAACCACAGCCACAACAGUUACAAAAAAAAACACAAAACCACAUUGACAAUAGAGCCAUCGGCCGAUGAAAACAUCUGAGAACUGCGGCUAUCAAUAAAUGAUAAUUAAAGCAAACAACGCACAGUCUCAGCUAGCAACAACAAAAGCUUGAUAUAAAAUAUGUAUCCAUCAUAUCUAUAUAUGUAUAUGUAUAUACUCUACACUCUACAAGAACGAGCGGCAGUCAUCAGAAAAAUACCAAAGAACAGAAGAGUGGGGAGCAAAAUAUAGCGAAAGAAAUCGAAAAAAAAAUCCAUCAUACGAUUUAAUUUCUAUUCUAUAUGCGGUUCAGCUUUAUUAUUGCAUUGAUUUUGAUAAACCAGUUAACCCCUUCUAUCUAUUCCGAUAACUAUCUAUACAGACGGGGCCUGCCGAUCACAUCUGCUUACUUACGCACUCGAGUAGGAUAAUCCCACUCUUAAUACUCAUACAUUAGUUCUAGCUACCACACACUUCUCUCUCUACGCAAGACUUUUUCCUUUUUCCUCUUUUCAUUCAGUUCGCUUCGAUUCUUUAAUUCUGUCCGCUUUGCAUUGCUUUUUUGAAUCUAUAAAAUGUUUAACAUUACUUAUUAUAUUUUUUCCCAACAAUUUGCCUAUCUUUCUGCAACUAAUCUUCGAGCUCUACUUAUUCGGAGAUAAAAUGGAAUUCAAUAAAAAAAAUAUAUAAAUUGAACUAACCCAAAAAUCCUCCCCCCCAACCCAACACACACACACAUACAAACACGCACACACACACACCUACCUACCCACGCAUGCACGCACACACAUAUACAGACAUGUAUGUGUAAAUAUUUAUGCCUAAAACUUAAUUAUACUCUAAACAUUAAGCACUUAAAUACCUAUGUAUAACAAAAAACUAAAGAAAAACGCCAAUACAAAACGCUUCUAUAAACCUCACUGAAAUUCUUCGAUAAAAAUACUAAAAAAAUACACUUAUCCAAACACACACUUAAACGAGUAUACCACGAGUAUAUUAAAACACAAUGACAAAAAAAUGGAAAUCCGAAAACUCUAAUCAAUAAUUAAAUAAUUUGAAAGUGAUAUAGCUGACAAAACAAAUAUGUCUGUAGUCUAGUAGUUAAAACCAAAUUGACAAAAAAAAAACACAAAAAAAUAUACAAAAAAUAACGAAUACUAUGAUAUGACAAUGGAAUAUACUAUGAGUAUGACUAGGAAAGGCAGUUUUCACGUUGUAUUUUUUUUUUGUAAGGUAAAGAAACUCGAAAGAAAAUAAAAGCAAAAUACAUCUGUAAAUACCACUGAGUGAAUCACGCGCACCACCAAUAAAACACACACACAGACGCUGACAAAAAAUUAAACAUAUGUACAUCCAUAGAUGCAUAGUCAAACACCAAUACCAGAAGAAUUAUACCGCAUAAGUUUUUGAACACAAAUAUAAGAAACAAAAAGAAAAAGAUAAUUGACAAAAAGUAAACCUGCAAGAGUAAGGUAUUUUUUUGCGAUUGGAACGAAUCAAGUCAAUUGUAAUACCGGCUAUGGGAAUAUUUAUAAUUAUUUACAAAUCGAAAGGCGUGGAAAAGGGAGGUGGAUCCUCAGCAACAGAUCCAGAUCUACAGAUACUCAUCCAGAUGCAGAUGAUAUACUUUCCACCGCCGUUGACAAAAUACAUGAAUGUCAAGUUAAACGUUUCACAAGCAAUAUUUUACAUACUUAUAUACAUGAAUUAUAUAUAUAUAUAUAUAUAUAUAUAUAUAUAUAUAUAUGAGUAAAUAUACGAUAAUAACUAUAUUAUAUACACACUCCGCCAUAACGAGUCAAAAAGCAACUAAAAACUAAUAAUACCCAAAAUACACUAUGCAACAAAAUCGACCUAUUUUUUUAUCUUGAGGUUAAGAAAAAGUAUGACUUACGGAUUUUUUUAUAGAUUGAAAAAUGUUUGAAAAAUUGUAUUUUUUUAAAGGUAAACUUGCUUGUUUCACAUAAUUUGAGUAUGUUAAACAUGGUUUUAUGGAGCUACCGUUCGGCCUUUAAAACUUUGUAUGUUAAGCUUAUCGUCGGGGAAGCUUUCCAAUGCAAAGUCGAAAAAAAAGCAUAAUUCAUUAUAAAUUUUUUCAGCCCCAAGCUUAGUAGAAAAAGUGGGUUUGAUGCCAGAGUUUUAUUGGCUGUUGCAUAGUGUUAUCCACGUGGAUAUGGGAAAUACAUAUGUACGCGGGAAAGAAAACUAAAGGAAAAAAAAUUAAUACAACUUAACUGAAAAGUAGGAAAACGUUUUUAGUGAUAAUUUUUAGCAGAAUUUGAAACUUUUUUGCCUUUCGAAGAACAACAUAAAACGUAAAAAGUCAAGAGAAUAAUUCAGAAAGGAAAUAACUGCAGCAGAAACAAACAAGCUUAGGAAAAAUUCGUAUAUUUAACAAAAAAAUAUAUGAAAUCUAUUAAACAAUUUAAAAACAAUCAAAUUUUGUUGUCCCAUUUUUCUUGAAUCGAUUUCGGUUAGUUUUUUAUCUCUAUAUUUAUCCGUUAUCAAUCAUCAUUGUAUUUGUCACCUCGACUAUUAUUCCGAUUAAUAUUAUGAUUACUGCAACGCCGGUGAUUACUACGCAUGCACACUAGAAAAAAAUAGUAAGAAAGAAAAUUAUAAAACAAGAAAUGAAGUGAAAAUCAAAUUCUUUUACCAAGGAAAACAACUUUUUUUAAAUAAUCGCAGAAGGGGGGAAUGGAAAAUUUAUCUUGUUACUGUCAGAAAAUAUUACUUACGUCAAAUAAAAAUUUUAAAGCGAU